AUGAUCUGCUCGUCCUGCCGCGCCGCGCUGCGCACGCAGCGCUCUCCUCCGGCCGCCCUCCUCCGCCCGUCGUCUCGCUCCAUCGUCAUCGCCCCCCGAGCCCUCCUCUCAACAUCCGCCUCGCCGCGCCGACCGCUCUCCCCGCGCCAUCUCAGCUCCCGAGCCGCUCUCUCAUCCUCAUCCACCGCCGCCCUCCCUUCUCCGACGCCAGCACGGCUCUACAGCUCCUCCUCCACGCCGCCGCAGCGCCAACCCACCUCCAUCGAGGACGAAGACCCCCUCCCCGCCAUGACCCCCGCCGAGGCCUCCAUCGCCGCCGUCCUCUCCGCCGCCCUCGACCCCACCUUCGUCCUCGUGCAGGACGUCUCGGGCGGCUGCGGCAGCAUGUACGCCAUCCAGAUCGCGUCGCGCGCCUUCCGCGGCCAGACGCUGCUCAAGCAGCAGCGCAUGGUCAACGCCGCGCUGGGGGACCGCGUCAAGGAGUGGCACGGCGUGCAGAUUCGUACGGUCGUGCCCGAGGAGGAGGAGUAA